CAGAAGAGUGGUCAACGACACCGAAGCGUCUGUGGACUAUUUGUGCUCAAAGCCAUGCCUCGUCACCGUAGAGGCAGUUGCUUCUUUGGAAUUCAAAACAGGCGUGUCAGUGUAUAAGACGAGCUGGGAGGAGAACCACCCUCACAGCAGCAGGAACCGGAUGGUGAAGCUGACGUUUCCGAGCAGCAUGGUUUUCAGGGAUGACUAUUUCAUCAGACGUUCCUUAAUAGUCCAUUCAGUGAUCCUGUACGCGUGGAUUACUCACCGGCAAGCGUGGGACCACCAUGCUGAGCCGAGGGAAGGGUACCUGCGGGCUGUCGCCAAAGACUACGCUUUGUUGGAAUCCGUUCCGCCUUUUGAACGUCCAUACAAAGAGCACAAAGCGUGUUUGAAAUGGAGCUUGGAAUAUGCGUGGAAACUCCAGGCAAACCAGAUCCCUCAGUGCCUGUAUGAGAUAGAUGCUGUUGAGAUCCUCAGCUUUCCGUAUGCAUCCAGUGGAGAGAUGGCAGGUAUUGUGAAGAAGUUUCAGAAAUUCAAGAACAGAGAGCUGGAAACAGUCAGGAAGCAUCGGAUUGGCUACCCCAUCUUUACUGUUUCAAUCUGGCUUUAUUUACUCCAUUAUUGCAAAAAACCUUUGUGUGGACUCCUGUACUUCAUUGAUACUGAAGAAAUGUAUGGGACCCCUGCUGUAUUUCUAACUGAUGAAGGCCACGUCCACAUCCAGAUGCACCUUGUGAAAGGAGGAGACCUUGCUGUGAAAACCUCCUUCAGCCUUCCUCUGAGGGAGUGGCUUCGACUGGAUCUUUCCGUCAUUGGAGGGCAGAUAGAAAUAUGCAGUGUUGAAAAGAACCUGAAUAGUCGCCGGCAUCAAACGUUUAGUUUUAGGGAGGAUUUCUUCUACGAUGACACUUUGGGAUAUUUUGUUCUCGGAGGCAGUAGCUACGCAUCAGGUAUUGAAGGAUACUUUGGCCCGGUGAAAUACUAUCGGCUUAGUUGUCUUGGGACAAGAAAGAUCGCUAACCCGUUCUACCACAAUGAAAUUAUGGAAAGAAUUGAGCUGUACUACAACAAAUGUGCAGAUAUCCAAAGCAUAGCAUCCGAGUAUGGUUUGAGGAUGAGACAAGAAGAGGGGAAGUGCCUUAAUGGAAACUAUUAUUUGGAGAUGAAUAAGAAAUACGGAGGGAACAUGAAGUGCCAGGCCUCCUUGUGGGGAAAAGAUCUGAGGGAUAAAUAUGAGGAGCUGUUCAAAGAGCUGCAAGAUACUGAUUUACAUUUGCCAGACGCUCCUGAAAUCCAGAAGGAUGCAGCGUUAGAGACUGGAUGCAGGAUAUUUGAGCAAGUUGCUCAGAAUCUAUCCAGGGCUAAUGCCUUACAUUCUAUCCACUCCUCUGUCUUGUCUCUGAUGGACUCGAGCUGUUGUGGUUAUCACAGGGCCUCCUACGUCCUCGCUGUUGUCUUUGAAGUCGGACUGGGUGUGCCCGUUGACCCAAACCAGGGCCUGCUGUACAGUUUGAUCGCUGCUCAGGGAGGCGAUAGGCUGGCCUUGAUCAGCCUCGGAUACAAGCACUACCAAGGCGUCAACGGUUACCCGCGCGAUCUGGAGAUGUCGUACGCUUACUACAGCGACGUCGCUGUAAAGACACCUCGCGAUCAUCAGCACGCGGAAGGAGACCAAGCCUUCGUAGAAGAGAUAAGGCUUCAGGAUGACAACUUACUGAGAGCUCAAACCAAAGAAAAUGGGGACCUCUUUAUGUGGCUGAAGUAUGAAGCAACGAGAGGAAAUGCAGCUGCACAGCAACGGCUGGGACAGAUGCUUUUUUGGGGCCAGCAAGGCGUAGAAAAAAAUACCAAAGCAGCCGUUGAGUGGUAUGCAAAAGGUGCCUUGGAAACUGAAGACCCAGUCUCCCUCUAUGAUUUUUCCAUUGUGCUAUUCAAGGGUCAAGGUGUGCGAAAAGACCGACGACUUGCUCUACGUCUGAUGAGAAAAGCUGCUGCAAAGGGUCUCCCUCAGGCAAUGAAUGGACUGGGCUGGUAUUACCAUAACUUUAAGAAAGACUACGCAAAGGCCGCCAAAUAUUGGUUAAAAGCGGAAGCCAUGGGCAGUCCUGAUGCCUCCUUCAAUCUCGGCGUCCUCCAUUUAGAUGGGAUCCAUCCAGAAGCGACUGGUAGAAAUCACACGAUUGCUGCUGAUUAUUUCCGUAAAGCGGCAGAAGAUGGCCACAUGGAAGGAACGUUGCGAUGCUCUCAGUACUAUAUCACGGGAAACUUACCAAGUUUUCCCAGGGACCCUGAAAAGGCAGUGAUCUGGGCAAAAUAUGUGGCAGAAAAGAAUGGCUAUUUGGGCCACGUUCUCCGAAAAGCCCUCAAUGCUUAUCUGGAUUUGUCGUGGCAUGAAGCCUUGCUGUAUUACAUUCUGUCUGCAGAAACUGGAAUCGAAGUGUCGCAGACCAAUUUAGCACACAUCUGCGAAGAGAGACCACGUGUGGCAGAAAGGUACUUGGCUACUGACUGUGUUUGGAGAUACUACAAUUUUUCAGUUUCUCAACCCAAUGCUCCGUCGUUUGCUUAUUUGAAGGUAGGAGAUUUCUACUACUACGGAUACCAGAACCAAGCCAAGGACCUGGAUCGGUCCGUACAGAUGUAUGCCCAGGCAGCGUUGGAUGGAGAUGCGCAGGGGUUCUUUAACUUGGCCCUUCUUCUGGAAGAGGGGUAUCCCAUCCCCGAUCAUAUUUUAGACCACUUAGAUAUCAACAGGACCACCGAUUCCAGCAAUACAGCCAUCCUUCAAAAGCUUUAUGAAAGGUGCUGGAAUCACAGCAACCAAGAAUCGAUUAGCCCCUGCAUGCUAGCUUCCCUUUAUUUCCGCCUAAGGAUUUUUGCGAAGAGCACUUUCCCUUCGUUUCUGGUUUACGUCCUGGGCUCUUUGACCAUCUCUGUGUUGGUGGUGAUAUUUGCCGUGCGGUGUUCUCUGGCUCUGUUAGCAGUUUUUCGGUCUCCUACAUUACCACUGCCUGAAGCAGCUCAAGCUGCAUCUUCUUCCACAGAAGAAGAUACUAAUGAGACCAGCUCAGCCCAGCAAGAAGACCCUCUGGUUACAAAUAAUUCGGAAGAGAACGGGCCUCAGUGGAUGUGCUCCAGCAGCUGAAAAUAUAGUUUCCCCCAAAAGCGUCAUUCCGUUGGUGUCCGAAGACAAAACCAUCCCUCCUUUUCAGGCCAUGGCAAAAGGUCCCCUACAUUUCUCGUGGGGGUGGAGGAAAAGAUCCAUGUUUCAUGGAAGAAGCGGGUUCUAAUGUAGACGAAGACCUCCACGCCCCCCACAGUCUUGUUUGAUGGAGUUUGGAGCAGCUUUGAAGACUUUAUUGAUGAAGACGAAAGACUGAUCUUGGGAAGAAGGGCCUUUAAACACAGGGGUCUCCUUCAGAAAUCAAUUUAUUCAGAAAUCAAUUUAUUUUCAAAUUCAGAAA